UGGGUGGUGGUGGAGGAAUGGGUGGCUUUGGUGGCCCUGGUAGAGGUGGCCCUGGAAUCCAGCCAGUGCAGGUUGACCCAACCCUCCUACAGCCAGUCCGUGUUGAGAUUGAUCCCCAGAUCCAGCAAGUCAAAAACCAGGAGAAGGAACAGAUCAAGACUCUGAACAAUCAAUUUGCCUCUUUCAUUGACAAGGUCCGCUUCCUGGAGCAACAGAACAAGGUCCUCUCCACCAAGUGGGAGCUCCUCCAGCAGCAAGGGCCUUCGGGACCGAGGAAGAACCUUGAUGUCAUCUUUGAAAGUUACAUCCAGAACCUGAGGAGGCAGCUGGACUCCAUCCUGUCACAGAGGGGACAGCUGGAGUCAGAGCUGCAGAACAUGCAGCAGUACGUUGAGGAUUACAAAACCAAGUAUGAGGAAGAGAUCAACAGGCGCACAACUGCUGAGAACGAGUUUGUGGUGCUGAAGAAGGAUGUGGACUUAGCCUACAUGACUAAAGUAGAGUUGGAAGCCAAGGUGGGAGCUCUGACCGAUGAAAUCAACUUCCUGAGGAGCAUCUACGAGGAGGAGCUGUCUCAGAUGCAGACAAUCAGCCGGGACUUGUCUGUGGUGGUGUCCAUGGACAACAACCGUCACCUGGAUCUGGACAGCAUCAUUGAGGAGGUCAGGCGCCAGUACGAGCAGAUUGCUCAGAGCAGCAGAGCGGAAGCUGAGGCCUGGUACCAGAGCCAGUACGAACAGCUGCAGAGCACUGCUGGAAGGCAUGGGGACAGCCUCCGCAACACCAAGAUAGAGAUCCAGGAGUUGACCAGGAACAUCCAGAGGCUGCGGGCUGAGAUUGAGAAUGUGAAGAAGCAGAACCAGCAGCUGCAGGCAGCUAUUGCUGAGGCUGAGGAGCGGGGUGAGAUGGCCCUGAAGGAUGCCAGGAUAAAGCUGGAAGAGCUGGAAUGUGCCCUGAACAAAGACAAGGAGGAGCUGGCUCGCUUGCUGAAGGAGGACCAGGAGCUGCUGAACACCAAGAUUGCCCUGGACGUGGAGAUUGCCAUGUACAGGAAGCUGCUGGAGGGAGAGGAGAACAGGCUGUGCAAUGAUGGCAUGUCCAACGUCAAUGUCUGCUUCGGAGGCAGCAGCGGCAUGGGAGGAGGCUUCGGAGGCAGCAGCGGCAUGGGAGGAGGAAUGGGAGGAGGUGUAUGUGGAGUAGGAGGAGGCUUCGGAGGUGGAAGCAUGGGCGGCAGCUGUGGAAUAGGAGGAGGAGUCAUCAUCCAAGGUCCCAGUCAGUUGUGA